ACUCAUUUCUCAACAGAUCUUUGCAGAAGCUUCACUAGACGACUGUUGCGAUCAAAUUAGUCGUUUACCGAUGCAUCAGCUGAUUCUGGACUCUACUUUUAAUGUACGGUGAUAACUGAUAACAUAAACAUUGAUUUAGAGAUCAAGUCGUGGUGGUUUCCAAAUUAGCACCAGUGAAAGUGUAUUGUUUGUUAUGUGUAUUAGUGGACGGAUUUCAUGUGCAAAGUGACAAGCUUACUCAGUGUUUUCACGUGAAAGGACCUUGCAAGGACUUAGUGAUCUACUAUUAGGACGUUAUAUUUUUAAGAUGAAUCAAACUUGUAAAGUGUGUGGAGAGCCAGCGGCGGGUUUUCAUUUUGGAGCCUUUACAUGCGAAGGUUGCAAGUCAUUCUUUGGAAGAUCCUACAACAACCUCAGCUCAAUAUCAGAAUGCAAAAAUAAUGGAGAAUGCGUCAUAAAUAAGAAAAAUCGCACAGCUUGCAAAGCCUGCAGAUUACGAAAAUGUCUAUUAGUGGGAAUGUCGAAGAGCGGUUCUCGUUACGGUAGACGAUCCAAUUGGUUCAAGAUCCAUUGUUUGUUACAAGAACAACAACAACAACACAUGGCGCAUGUUUCGCAAAAUAUGAAACCUCCGCAAAAAUCUCUCCACCAACCUCCACUUAGUAUGGGAUUACUCGGGAUGAAUUCAUUCGCGUCGCCGCUACUUCAUCUGUCAAAACCUAAAGAAGAACAUUUCUCUCCAGGUUUAGACGACUAUAAACAUUCUGUAUCGCCGCAAGUUAGUUCACCGGAAUCGCAUAAUUCAGAUUCGUCCGUUGAAGUUAGCGACGCUCGAAGACUUCCGUUAUUCCCUGCUCUAAUGCCGCCUACGUUUCUACCACCUCCUGGUCUUUUAUUCUCAUCGGGCUAUCCUCCUUUGUAUCCCGGUUUGCUGCAGCCUGCUAACAACAAUAGAUUCAUGAGAAACCAUAAUCAUGGUGUAGAAGCUUUCAAUAAACGUGUGUUUUUAGACGCUGUGCUUCAAUCCCAACGAUCUCCGACACCCGAAGAAAGAACAACUCCCGCUUCGACGGACACUGCGAUGCAAGAAGAUCCCAUAGAUUUGAGUAUGAAGACCAACAGUGAAAGGGGAUCUUCUCCAGCGCAGAGUGAUAGAUCUGGUUCGGGAACAGAAAGAGGGAAUGGUAGCGAAGCAGACGAAGAAAGUGAUUGCAAUUCAGACAGAGAAAUUAAAAGGAUACAGCUGCAUAGGCCCACUCCAUUAGAUUUAACAACGAAAGUGUGAUUUAAAGAAAUUGUUUCUUGUUUUUAAAAUUGCAUUUAGAGUACCUGAUAAAUCGGAGAGGAAGAUUUUCAGGUCAAUGAUUUUCUGGUCGAAUUUUCGUGAUAUUCGGAAGUAUUGCUAUAGAUUCUAAUUGUCUUAUAGCAAUUUGCCAGAAAAUUCUGAUAACAAAAUGAUAUUUUGUUAUAAAAUUCUCAAAAUUGAUUUUGGUUGAUACUUAAACAUAUUGAAAAUAUAAUUUAAUCAAGACACAAUCCACAAUUAACUUUGUAUAAACCACCUAGCACUAGUAUAACUCAUGAUUGUCAUUCAAUAUUGAUUUUUCAUUUAAUUUAGAAUGUGGUUCAUUUGGCAAGAUAUUAACUUCAUUAUUUCGCAGUGUAUCGAAUUUAUGCACUUUACUGGGUCAACAAAAUGUCUUUGGCAGGUCAUCCUCUCAAUUUUUACACCAUCCAUUAGACGUGUAUUGUUCUCUGGUACCUGUCAAUCCGGAAUCGGAGUUCCCACGGCGAUCUAGAUCUACAAGCUCGAAAACAAUGCUCAACAAUUAACUCUCCUCAAGAACAAUCAAUAAAAAUCUAACGGAACGAGCGUGGUUACACAUUUAAAGAAAACAUUGGUGUUAUGUAGUUCUGAAAUUGUUUCCUACAGCGCCGUGAUCAGCAUAUCUUAUCAGGAACGGACUAGUUGAUACGAAUGAUUUGAUUUGAAAUUGAAAUUAAGAGCACAGAAAAUAUUCACAAGCUUGUACGUUAAUUAUCUUCGCAAGCAAAUUAUUAGUGGUCAUGAGAAAUAAUCCAAAUGAAGUUGAGUACUAGAAGAGUACGAAUAACAUUGAAAAUUGAAUCACAGGAAGGCUUGAGACCCAUUUAAUUUCCCUUUAUUUUUUUCAAUUUGGAAACAACACAUUUUCAUAUUUUUCUCUUUAUAUAUUAUUUCUAGUUCUGCUAUGUGGUCUCCUAGCAUUUGACGUUUUUAUUGGCACCAUCAGAAUAGAUGCUUGAUCUUCUCUUCUCCAUUAGACUAUUUGCUAUAUUAUCACUCCCAAUUUCAGCAAUCUUGUACCAGUAAUGUCCAGUAAUCACCCCAAUAGUCUUCUGUAUUGAGUGAUUCGUAAAUCUUAUUAUUUUUUUUUGUUGUGUCUUAGACAAGUCGCAUUGUAUACCUGUUUGAAUAUAAUAUAAGCUAAUGUUUGGCUAGUAAGAAAUUACAAACCCAACAAUUCAUCAGUUGUAUAAAUACAGAGAAUGUCACAAAACUUUUUCAGCCAAAAAAGUGUCAAGUCCUUCUCUGGUGAUCAGUAUAUCUGAUGUUAUAUGCAAACUCAUUUCUCUACGUGAGUCUUUGUGGCUCGACUUUUCAGUUUCGGUAUGUAAUAGUAUAUCUUUCAAGUGGAAAAUCAGUCACGAUCACAUAGUGGGCAAAGAGACAUAGUCAAAGAGCUCUUGUUGAGUGAUGAAAUCGCGUAUGCCCAAUACGAUUUUAAGAAAAAUUCCCUUAAAAUUUUCAAAAAAUUCCACUCUUUUCACAAAAAAAAAUAUAUUUUCAGUUCAAUUUUCAAUAUAGGCACUUUGUAGAUUCAAUUGAAAUAGGGUACUUUCAUUUUUUAUAAAGUAUUAAUUUUUUUUCUAUUUUAUCAGUUCUUAAUAGGAAAUAAUGCCAGACAGUAAAAUAUGAAAAGUGAAAAAAAAA